AACAUAACAUAAAACAGAGCACUAGACAUGGAUACAAGCCAUUUCGUGUUGGUUCAUGGAGCUUGCCAUGGGGCAUGGUGUUGGUACAAGAUAAUUACUCUGUUAAAAUCUGCUGGACACGAAGUCACAUCACUAGACAUGGCUGCUUCUGGAAUCCAUCCAAAGCAAGUGCAUGAGCUGGAUUCUGUCACAGAUUAUUAUGAACCGUUGAUUGAAUUUCUAAGGUCACUGCCACAAGAUCAGAGAGUUAUUCUAGUGGGUCAUAGCUUAGGUGGGAUGUGUAUAUCUGUGGCCAUGGAAUUAUUUCCUAAGAAAAUUGCAGCUGCUGUAUUUGUCACAGCUUUCAUGCCUUCUCCUGAUCUAAGCUUCCUGACUCUUCUCCAAGAGUAUCAACAGAGAUUGGAUUCCAGCUUGGACACAAAGAUUAUGUUUGAUGAUAGCCCUAAUGAUAAACCAAAUGGAUCCAUGUUAUUUGGACCACAAUUCUUAGCAACCAAGUUGUAUCAACUAUCUCCACCUGAGGACUUGUCCCUUGCAAUGUCAUUAAUAAGACCUGUUCGUAGCUUUGCUGAUCAAGAACUAUUAGGAGAGAAAACAAGUGUCACACAAAACAACUAUGGAACUGUUGCAAAAGUCUACAUUGUAUGCCAACAAGACAAAGUGUUAGAGCAUGAUUUUCAGCUAUCAAUGAUUGAACGAAACCCUGCUAAUGAUGUCAAAGUGAUUGUUGAUGCUGAUCACAUGGCCAUGUUCUCCAAACCAAAAGAGCUUUUUGCAUAUCUUCAAGAAAUUGCGGGGGCAUAUUAUUAGCAAAUUAAUAUGCCUGUUGAUUUCAAUUUAGAAAGUAUUACCGAUGAUUAUGAAGAUUAAAUAUCAAUGUACCAUCACUCAAGAACUUCAGUAAAGAAUAAAUUGAUUUGUCUCUAAGUUAUCACUUUUUUUCAA